AGACGAGUUAUAAGGAAAAAAAAAUAAGGAAGAAGAAGAAGAAGAAGAAGUAGAAGUAGAAGGCGCGUGGCAUUCCCCACUUCCAGAAACCAUUAACGCGAUGAUAGCAUAAAUUCCCUCACAAGGGACACACUCUCCAAUAAUUUCUCUCUUGGGGGCCUCUCUUUUCUCUCUGUUCUUUUGUUUUCUUCAGUUUCCCGAUCUAAAUUUCCCACAUUUCCGUCUUUCCUUGAAAGUUUUGUCGUUACGGAUCCACCUUUCUCGCUCUCAACUUCAGCCAAAGUUUGAUUUCUUCACCGUUAUUCGGUUUAUAAGACAGACCGAUUUAGCUGUUCGUUUCUGGAACUGUUAAUUCAACAUUUUGCUUUUAUCACUUGGUCGUAGAGUUCUUUGGAUUGGGAUUGUAUGUUAACCCGAAUUCCCCAAUUCUCUUGCUCUACAGUGCUGGAUUUCACGUGGGUGUUGUAAGAAACCCAUAGAAAUGGGGUUGUGAAGGUUGUUCUUGGCAAGCAUUUCGGCCCUAGAUGGUCCUUUUGGGAGCUUGGUAUUGCUUCAUAGAUCUGCCAUGGGAGACCUUAAAAAAGAGCUUGCUCUAGCACUUCUUCUUGCUGUAAUUUCCGUGGGCUUUGGCGCCACCGACCCCCAUGAUCUUGCUAUUCUCAAUGAUUUUAGAAAAGGGUUGGAAAAUCCUGAGCUCUUGAAAUGGCCGUCCAAAGAUGACGACCCAUGUGGAAACAAAUGGCCUUGUGUCUUCUGCGAUGGUUCGAGGGUUUCCCAAAUUCAGGUCCAAGGUUUUGGAUUGAAAGGCCCUUUGCCGCAGAAUUUCAAUCAGCUUUCUAUGCUCUCGAACAUCGGUCUUCAGAAGAACCAAUUUUACGGUCCCUUGCCAUCGUUCAAUGGUCUGAAGAAUCUCCAGUAUGCGUUCCUUAAUUACAACAAUUUCACUUCGAUUCCGGCUGAUUUUUUCACUGGCCUUGAUAGUUUAGAAGUUCUUGCUCUCGAUGGGAAUAAUUUAAAUGGUAGUUCUGGGUGGAUGUUUCCACCGGCGUUGAGCAAUUCAGCUCAGUUGACGAAUCUUACUUGUAUGAGUUGUAAUUUGGCUGGGCCCUUGCCGGAUUUUCUUGGGUCUAUGUCCUCUUUAUCUGUGUUAUCGCUCUCUGGCAAUAGACUCACCGGUAGAAUUCCGGCUAGUUUCAAGGGUAUGGUAUUGACAAAGUUUUGGUUGAAUAAUCAAAUGGGAGAUGGAAUGAGUGGUUCUAUUGAUGUGGUGACGACAAUGACCUCGUUGAAUAGUUUGUGGCUCCAUGGGAAUCAUUUCUCAGGGACUAUUCCUGAUAACAUUGGGGAUUUGAGUCUUCUGCAGGAUCUGAAUCUGAAUGGUAAUGAAUUUGUUGGUCUCAUUCCAAAGAGCUUAGCUGAUAUGAGUUUAAGGAAUUUAGAUUUGAACAAUAACAAUUUCAUGGGUCCAGUCCCAAAGUUUAAAGCAUCAAAAGUGAGUUAUUCUUCAAACCAGUUCUGUCUAACUGAGGAAGGGGUUGCUUGUGCCCCUCAAGUCAUGGCGCUGAUCGAAUUUCUCGGUGCCAUGGGUUACCCUUCAAGGCUCGUCUCUGCUUGGACUGGGAAUGAUCCAUGUGAAGGCCCAUGGCUGGGAUUGAACUGCAGAUCUGGGGAUGUCUCUGUCAUUAACUUACCUAAGUUCGAUUUGAAUGGGACCUUGAGUCCUUCACUUGCAGAUUUAAUUUCCCUUGCUGAGAUUCGACUUCAGGACAACCAUUUGAGUGGUACGAUUCCAUCAAAUUGGACUGGUUUAAAGUCUCUUUCAUUGUUGGAUUUAAGUGGGAAUAACAUCUCCCCUCCUGUACCACGAUUCAGUAGCACUGUGAAGCUCUCUACUGGUGGCAACCCUUUGUUAGAUGGUAAGCAAUCCCCAUCGUCGGAAAUUGGAGGUCCAUCUCCUUCUGAUAGCCGGUCUUCUCCAACGACAGAACCGAGUCCUAGUUCUGGAAAUGGGGUGAGACAAGCAUCUACUCGUUCCAAGGCAUCUAUAAUAGUUUCUACUGUAGUUCCUGUUGUAAGUGUGGUAGUUGUUGCUUUUGUUGCUAUUCCUCUGUCUAUAUAUCUGUGUAAGAAGAGGAAACGCAAUGGCCAGGCUCCUAGUUCUCUGGUCGUUCAUCCUAGAGAUCCAUCUGAUCCCAACAAUUUGGUUAAGAUUGUUGUUGCAAAUAACACAAACAAUAGUACAUCUACCGCCUCCGGAAGUGGUUCCGGAAGCAGAAACUACAGUGGAUUUGGUGAUUCUCACGUCAUUGAAACUGGAAAUCUAGUCAUAUCUGUACAAGUUCUACGAAACGUGACAAAUAAUUUUUCUUCAGAGAAUGAACUUGGUCGUGGUGGAUUCGGAGUAGUUUAUAGGGGAGAAUUGGAUGAUGGAACAAAAAUAGCAGUCAAAAGAAUGGAGUCAGGUGUAAUUAGCAGCAAAGCAUUGGAUGAGUUCCAAUCUGAAAUUGCAGUUCUUUCAAAGGUACGGCAUCGUCAUUUGGUGUCACUGUUGGGAUAUUCAAUUGCAGGAAAUGAAAGACUACUCGUUUACGAGUAUAUGUCUGAAGGGGCUCUCAGCAAGCAUCUUUUUCAUUGGGAAAGCUUUAAGCUCGAACCUCUUUCUUGGAAGAGGAGGUUAAACAUUGCCUUGGAUGUUGCUCGAGGGAUGGAGUAUCUUCAUAGUUUAGCCCAUCAGAGUUUCAUCCAUCGGGAUCUCAAAUCGUCAAAUAUCUUACUUGGUGAUGAUUUUAGAGCAAAAGUUUCUGAUUUUGGAUUGGUUAAACUAGCCCCUGAUGGUGAAAGAUCUGUAGUAACCAGGCUUGCUGGGACAUUUGGUUACUUGGCACCAGAAUAUGCUGUGACAGGUAAAAUUACUACCAAAGCCGACGUGUUUAGUUUUGGUGUUGUGCUAAUGGAGCUAUUGACUGGACUAAUGGCUCUCGACGAAGACAGAUCUGAAGAAAGUCAAUAUCUAGCUGCGUGGUUCUGGCAUAUAAAAUCUGACAAGGAGAAACUGAUGGCUGCUGUGGAUCCAAGCUUGGGUUGUAAAGAAGAUAUAUCUGAAAGCAUUUGUAUAAUUGCUGAAUUAGCUGGACACUGCACUGCAAGAGAGCCUACCCAACGUCCUGAUAUGGGUCAUGCUGUAAAUGUCCUUGCUCCACUUGUCGAGAAAUGGAAGCCAAUCGACGACGACACAGAGGAGUACUCUGGAAUUGACUAUAGCCUGCCCCUCAACCAAAUGGUGAAGGGAUGGCAAGAAUCUGAAGGGAGCGAUUUCAGUUACGUUGAUCUGCAAGAUAGUAAGGGCAGCAUACCAUCAAGGCCAACUGGGUUUGCGGAUUCGUUCACUUCGGUCGAUGGUCGUUGAACAAGGUACCUUGAUGGCUCUUCUCUUUCCCCUCUAAUAGGUGGACGGUUGUGUGUUCAAUCGGUUUCGAAACAUUGUUGAAUAUGUCACAGUGCUUUUCUGCUUUUACAGUGGGAUCAAAUUUGGAGAUUUCUGAUGCUAGAAAAUUUUCAAUUGUAGGAUAUGGCCUUUUCUUUUUUUCUUCCCUUUUUUACGUGAAUGUAGAUAGAUAUCAAUGGUUCUUGAAACUGGAUAGUUACAUUUUUCUUCUUUUGUGCUUGUAAAUUCCUUGUGAAUCAGACUUGCAAGAUGCAAUGUUCUGUUGUUGCACUUCUUGCAUCUUGAGUUCAAAAAAAUGAAUUUACAUUUCUGUU